AAAUGGAAAACUGUAAAGAAGUCGCCUUGUGAUGUGAGCAAAGAGUUUUUGGCAGCCUGGCUGAAGUAAGACCAUAAUCCUUUUCGGAAAUCAGUCUAAAACGGAACUAUUCAUAAAAAACAUGAAAUUAAAAGCAUGGUGUAGUAGUGACCCAAAAGGAAUGUGAAUUCUUCUCCAGGACAUGCAGAGACCCGUGGAUGAACUGUUUCUAGAUUCUUGGUAAGCUUUCCUGAGAGUCAGAAUGAGCAAGAGGCACAUAAGCGUGGGUCAGCAAACGUGGGCCCUUCUCUGCAAGAAUUUUCUUAAAAAAUGGAGGAUGAAAAGAGAGACCUUGAUGGAAUGGUUUUUCUCAUUUCUUCUAGUACUGUUUGCAUACCUAUUUUCCUCCGAUUUACAUCAAGUUAAUGACUUGCCUCAGUUGCCUGCAAUGGAUCUGGGACGUGUAGAUAAUUUUAAUGAUUCUAAUUAUGUUAUUGCAUUUGCACCUGAAUCCAAAACAACCCAGGAGAUAAUGAACAAAGUGGCUUCAGCCCCAUUCAUGAAAGGAAGAACAAUCAUAGGGUGGCCUGAUGAAAAAAGCAUGGACGAAUUGGAUUUAAACUAUUCCGUAGAUGCAGUGAGAGUCAUCUUUAAUGAUACCUUCUCAUAUCAUUUGAAGUUUUCCUGGGGAGGUAGGAUCCCCAUGAUGAAGGAACACAGAGACCAUUCAGCUCAUUGUCAAGUAAUGGAUGAAAAAGUCACAUGUGAAGGUUCAGUGUUCUGGGAGAAAGGCUUUGUAGCUUUUCAAGCUGCCAUUAAUGCUGCUAUCAUAGAAAUCACAACAAACCAUUCAGUGAUGGAAGAGCUGAUGUCAGUUACUGGUGUAAAUAUGAAGAUAUUACCUUUUGUUGCCCAAGCAGGAGUUACCACUGAUUUUUUCAUUUUCUUCUGCAUUAUUUCUUUUUCUGCAUUUAUAUACUAUAUAUCAGUCAAUGUUACACAAGAAAGACAGUACAUUAAGUCAUUGAUGACAAUGAUGGGACUUCGAGACUCAGCAUUCUGGCUCUCCUGGGGUUUGCAGUAUGCUGGUUUCAUCUCUAUUAUGGCCACUCUGAUGGCUCUUAUUAUAAAAUCUGCCCAAGUUUUCGUCCUAACUGGCUUCGUGGUGGUCUUCGCUCUCUUCCUCCUCUAUGGCUUGUCUUUGAUAACUUUAGCUUUCCUGCUGAGCGUGUUGGUAAAGAAACCCUUCCUUACUGGAUUGGUUGUCUUUCUCCUUAUUGUCUUUUGGGGGAGUCUGGGAUUCACUGCGUUGUACAGACAUCUUCCUGCAUUUUUGGAAUGGAUCUUAUGUCUUCUUAGCCCCUUUGCUUUCACGGCUGGAAUGGCCCAGCUUAUACAUUUGGACUACGAUGUGAAUUCUAACACCCAUUUGAAUUCUUCAAACAGCUCACACCUAAUAAUAGCUACUCUUUUCAUGUUGGUUUUUGAUGCUCUUCUCUAUUUGAUAUUGACACUGUAUUUUGACAAAAUUUUGCCGACUGAAUAUGGACAUCGACAUUCUCCCUGGUUUUUCCUGAAAUCCUCUUUUUGGUUUCAACGCCAAAGGGCUGACCAUGUGGCCCUUGAGAAUGAAAUAGAUUCAGAUUCUUCCUCUAAUGACUCUUGUGAACCAGUGUCUCAAGAAUUCCAUGGGAAAGAAGCCAUCAGAAUAAAAAAUCUUAAAAAAGAAUAUGGAACAAGAAAGCAUGAAAAGGUAGAGGCUUUGAAAGGUUUGGUAUUUGACAUCUAUGAAGGCCAGAUCACUGCCCUCCUUGGUCACAGUGGAGCUGGCAAAACGACGCUGUUAAACAUUCUCAGUGGACUGUCGGUCCCAACAUCAGGUUCGGUCACCAUCUAUAAUCACUCACCUUCGGAAAUGGCUGACUUGGAAACUGUCAGCAAGCUCACUGGAGUUUGUCCACAAUCCAAUGUGCAAUUUGACUUCCUCACCAUGAGAGAAAAUCUCAGGCUGUUUGCUAAAAUAAAAGGGAUUCAGCCACACGAAGUGGAGCGAGAGGUGCAACGAGUUUUACGGGACUUAGAGAUGGAAAAUAUUCAAGACAUUCUUGCUCAAAAUUUAAGCAGUGGGCAAAAAAGGAAACUAACUUUUGGGAUUGCCAUUUUAGGAGAUCCUCAGGUUUUGCUGUUGGAUGAACCAACUGCUGGAUCAGAUCCUCUUUCAAGGCACUGUGUAUGGAACCUCCUGAAAGAGAGGAAAUCAGACAGAGUAAUUCUCUUCAGUACCCAAUUCAUGGAUGAGGCUGACAUCCUAGCUGAUAGGAAGGUGUUUAUAUCCAACGGGAGGCUGAAGUGUGCAGGCUCUUCUCUAUUCCUGAAGAAGAAAUGGGGCAUUGGGUACCAUUUAAGUUUGCAUCUGAAUGAAAUGUGCAAUCCAGACAGUAUAACAUCACUUGUUAAACAGCACAUCCCUGAUGCCAAAUUAACAGCACAAAGUGAAGAAAAGCUUGUAUAUAUUUUGCCUUUGGAAAGGACAAACAAAUUUCCAGACCUUUAUAGGGAUCUCGAUAGAUGUUCUAACCAGGGCAUUGAGAAUUAUGGUGUUUCUAUGACAACUUUGAAUGAAGUGUUCUUGAAGUUAGAAGGAAAAUCAGCUAUUGAUGAAUCAGACAUUGGAAUUUGGGGACAUUUACAAAGUGAUAGAAACAGAGACACAGAAAGCCUUGUUGAGCUGGAACAAGUGUUGUCUUCCUUUAAGGAAACAAAGAAAGCAGCCAGCGGCCUGGCUCUCUGGAGGCAGCAGCUAUGUGCCAUAGCAAAAGUUCGCUUCCUCAAGUUAAAGAAUGAAAAAAAAACUCUGUUGACCAUAUUAUUGCUUUUUGGCAUUAGCCUUUGCCCUCAGAUUUUGGAACAUCUAUUUUAUGAGUUAUAUCAAAAAAGUUAUUCUUGGGGACUGUCUCCUAAUAUGUACUUCCUCUCACCGGGACAACCACCUCAGGCUCCUCUGACCCACCUACUGGUCAUCAACAAAACAGGGUCAAGCAUUGAUGACUUUAUACAUUCACUGAAGCAGCAGAACAUAGCUUUGCAAGUGGAUGCCUUUGGAACUAGAAAUGGCCCGAAUGAGCCAUCAUACAAUGGCGCAAUCACUGUGUCAGGUGAUAACAAGGAUCACAGAUUUUCAAUAGCAUGUAAUACCAAAAGGCUAAAUUGCUUUCCUGUCCUCAUGGAUAUCAUUAGCAAUGGGCUACUUGGAAUUUUCAAUUCUUCAGAACACAUUCAGACUGACAGGAGCACAUAUUUUGAAGAGCACAUGUCUUAUGAGUAUGAGUUCCUGAGUGACGCCUUCUUCUGGAUACUCGCGGCUGCCUGUUUUACUCCUUUUAUUGCAAUGAGCAGCAUCGGUGACUAUAAAAAAAAAACUCACUCCCAGCUGCGGAUUUCAGGGCUCCAUCCUUCUGCUUACUGGUUUGGGCAGGCGCUGGUAGAUAUUCCUCUGAACUUCUUGAUCCUCCUUCUAAUGCAAAUAACGGAUUACAUUUUUAGCCCAGAUGAGAUUAUAUUUAUAAUUCAAAACCUGUUAGUUCAGAUCCUGUGUAGUAUUGGAUAUGUUUCAUCUCUUGUUUUCUUGACAUAUGUGAUUUCAUUCAUUUUUCGCAAUGGGAGAAAAAACAGUGGCAUUUGGUCAUUUUUCUUCUUAAUUAUCACCGUCUUCUCGAUAGUUGCUACUGAUCUAAAUGAAUACGGAUUUCUAGGGCUAUUUCUCUGCACCAUAUUAAUACCACCCUUCACAAUGAUUGGCGCUCUAUUCAUUUUUUCUGAGAUUUCUCCCGACUCUAUGGAUUAUUUAGGAGCUUCAGAACAGCAAAUUGUAUUUCUGGCAUUGCUAAUACCUUACCUUCAUUUUUUUAUUUUCAUUUUUGUUCUACGAUGUCUGGAAAUGAACUUUAGGAAGAAACCAAUGAGAAAGGAUCCUGUGUUCAGAAUUUCCCCAGGAAGCAGUGAUGUUUUUCCAAAUCCAGAAGAACCCGAAGGAGAGGAUGAAGAUGUUCAGAUGGAAAGAACGAGAACAGCCAGUGCUGUGACGGCCCCAGACGUUGACGAGAAACCAGUCAUCAUUGCCAACUGUCUACGGAAGGAAUAUGCAGGCAAAAAGAAAAACUGCUUUGCCAAGGGGAAGAAAAAAGUGGCCACCAGAAACGCCUCUUUCUGUGUUAAAAAAGGUGAAGUUAUAGGGCUGUUAGGACACAAUGGAGCUGGUAAAAGUACAACUAUUAAGAUGAUCACUGGAGACACAAAGCCAACCGCAGGGCAGGUGACUUUGAAAAGCAGCAGUGGAAGGGACACUGUCGGGUUCCUGGGGUACUGUCCUCAGGAGAACGCACUGUGGCCCAACCUGACAGUGAAGGAACAUCUGGAGGUGUUCGCUGCUGUGAAAGGACUGAGGAAAGGGGAUGCCACCGUCGCCAUCACACAGUUGGUGGAUGCGCUCACGCUGCAGGACCAGCUGAAGCUCCCGGUGAAGGCCUUAUCGGAGGGAAUGAAGAGGAAGCUGUGCUUCGCGCUGAGCAUCCUGGGAAACCCGUCGGUGGUCCUUCUGGACGAGCCGUCCACCGGGAUGGACCCUGAGGGGCAGCAGCAAAUGUGGCAGGCGAUCCGGGCCACCUUUAGAAACACGGAGAGGGGCGCUCUCCUGACCACUCACUACAUGGCAGAGGCUGAGGCCGUGUGUGACCGGGUGGCCAUCAUGGUGUCUGGAAGGCUGAGAUGUAUUGGUUCCAUCCAACACCUGAAAAGCAAAUUUGGCAAGGAUUACCUGCUGGAGAUGAAGGUGCAGACCCCCACACAGGUGGAGCCCCUCCACAGUGAAAUUCUGAGGCUUUUCCCCCAGGCUGCUCGGCAGGAAAGGUACUCCUCCCUGAUGGUCUAUAAGUUGCCUGUUGAGGAUGUGCAACCUUUAUCACAGGCUUUCUUCAAAUUGGAGUUAGUUAAACAGAGCUUUAACCUGGAGGAGUACAGCCUCUCACAGUCCACCCUGGAGCAGGUUUUCUUGGAGCUCUCCAAGGAACAGGAGCUGGAGGACUUUGUUGAGGAAGUUGAUCUCUCAGUGAAGUGGAAGCUCCUCCCACAGGAAGAACCUUGAAGCCCCAAAUACUCUAUGUCU